AUGAGGAAGAACAAAUAUUGUAUUGAUUGCGUUAUUUUGCAGUUCAAAAUGUUGAAAAUUUCUUCCAUAUUUAUUGAUUAAAAUUAAUAUACAAAAUUUUAUUUCCAAAUAGAAAUAUCAUAGGAGUACUAUUGUAACCAAGACCUAAUUGAUCAAAAAUUUUUAUCAAAAGUGCUCUACUCCUUUGAAAUUACUUAAAAAUAAAGAUUAUUUGAGUAAUUUCCUACUUUUUUUUGUUUUGAAAAAUCUAAGUCACAUGUUGUAGUCAUCAAAAGCAUGUAUUUCUCAUAUAAAUGAUUAUUAUAGUAAGAAGUUGCAAUAUUUUUGAUC